AGUUGUGCCAAAUAUUGCUGUGCAAGCUUUUGGACUCAUAAUGGGUCCAAGCUAUCCUAUAGGACCAAAUUAACAAACUUGUUCAGUAGGACCGAGGUCCAAGGUAAACUGUAAGCUCUCUAGUGCUUGUUAUCUCACAGCGGGGCGGAAUUUCUCGAUUCAUUAUGUUCCGGAUAGCGGUCAUCAUCAUUUUAUUGGCAUAUCCUGUUUUACCUCUAAAUCUGGAUUCUCAGCCACCAGAUCCAGAACGGGUGGACUUCAAAAUUGCCGUGAAGGCACUUAAGUCUGGGCAUUCCCUCUUUUUCUUCACGUUUGCACCACUGACAGAUCGUGCGUUUGGUGGAAAUGUUGACAAUUUUAAGUAUUACGAUGAGCCAAAGAAUGGACUUCCAUAUUUCGAGUUUUCUAAAACUCGGCUUAUAUUAAACGAAUCUGAUAUCCAGAUGCAGCUGUUGGAGGAAAAGGUGGACAUUAACGGUAACGUCAGCGUCAGGCUAACCACAAUGACACCUGCAGAGUUUAAGGUCAUCCGCAGAGAGGAGUGGACUUGUAAUUUGCGGGCGAAAUACUGUACAGAUCUCAGAAUAACAGUGGGUGAAAAUCCAGUGUUAUUAAAAGCCGAUACAGUGCCCAUAAGGAAGAAUCUGACAGCGGGGAUUCGGGUCAGGUUCACUGUUAACUUUUCCCUGUGUCACACAGGUUUGAGGUUAAAUGUUGUGAGCGGUGGCUAUUUAUCAGAUUUUAAAGAAUAUGACGCUGAAUAUGAUGAACUUACUCAGUUUAGCACUACGAGGAUGGUAACAAAUGGAGGGUCAGGUAUUGGCUAUGACGUGGAUACAGUAAAGAUGUACACGAAUGGCACGCUCGCAGUCAACACAGCGAAAAUGACUUCUAAUUUCAAACCUCUCAACUCCGAGGACUAUAUCUGCGACAUGAAUGGAGGCGAUAAAGCUGCGGUGUCUUUCUUUGCGAUAAACUCUCCAAAUUGGUGAUGU